UCGAUAUACCUCAGUAAGAAGAAGAGAAAUACCAAGCAGAGCAGUGGCAGAGUAGCAUUCGUCGACAGCGAAAAAUCGAAUUGGGUAGAAUUUAUUCUUGCAAAACUUCAGAACCACAGAACCACCACUUUUGAGACAGAAAAAUUGCUUAAAAUUUGUACAAUUGAAUUGUCGAAAAUGGGUGAACAGCCGAUAUUUACAUGUCAAGCGCAUGUCUUCCAUAUUGAUCCGAAGACCAAGCGUACCUGGAUAACGGCCAGCAUGAAAGCGGUAAACGUAAGUUUCUUUUAUGAUUCUUCACGCAAUCUUUACCGCAUUAUAAGCGUUGAGGGCACAAAGGCGGUUAUUAACUCAACCAUAACACCCAACAUGACAUUUACACAAACAUCACAGAAAUUUGGGCAAUGGAGUGAUGUAAGAGCCAAUACGGUGUAUGGCUUGGGAUUUGCUUCCGAAGCGGAACUGACAAAGUUUGUGGAAAAAUUCCAGGAAGUUAAGGAAGCUACAAAGAAUGCCUUAAAGUCGGCUAACGGAUCUACAGCUGUAACCCCGACAACAUCGGCAAAUACAUCGCCCAUUAGUUCACGCACUGCAGCAAUGCAGCAAAACGACAAUGCCGCCAUGGUUGAUCCUCAUUCGGUGGAACCACCAAAUAUGUCAAACACUAAUACUCAAAAUGCAAAUCCGGACAGUCCAUCACACAAACUACUAACGACUGCUGCAGAUACCAAACCGGAACAUGUGACAUCUGCCCCCUCCCCUGCUCCCAUGGUGAAUGUAAGUGCGGGUGGUGGCGGGGGUGGGGGUAGUGUCGUUGGCAUGCAUACCGGCGGUGGGGCAGCAACGAGUGAACAACAAUUGAAGUAUGAAAACGAACGCUUGAAAAUGGCUCUGGCCCAAAGUUGUGCUAAUGCUAAAAAGUGGGAAAUCGAAUUGGCCACUUUGAAAAAUAAUAAUCUACGUUUGACCAGCGCGCUUCAGGAAUCGACUGCCAAUGUUGAUGAAUGGAAACGCCAGUUGCAUACCUAUAAGGAGGAAAAUAUACGGCUAAAACGAGAAAUUGAAUUAAUACGUUCUGGUGCACCAGUACCAAAUUCGGUUGUGGCUGGAGCUGCCAGCAGUGAAUUGGUCGAGGAAUUACGACGUGAACUGGCCGUUCUAAAAGCACGGAAUGAAUCAUUACAAAAUGAGCUUAUGAGUCAAGAGGUGGAACUUAAAACAGCCAAUAUGAAUUUAAGAGAAAAAUGCAAUGAUCAAGCGAUGACCAAAAUGAGUGAACUGAAUGUUUUGUUUGCUAAACAUCUAUCAGAACUUUUUGCGGUGCAAAAAGAUAUGGAAAAUGUUAUACAUCCUCCAAAAAGUACUUGAGAUACAGAUUCAAUACCAAAUUAUUAUAAAAAGAUUUCUGAAGAAAAUGCUGCUUCCAUACGUAAUUAUUUAAAGCCCGCAUCUGGUUUAGCGUUGGCAGACUCAGAAAGUACACUAUCAAAUAUCACAUCCAUACAAUCCCAGCUACAGUCAUUAUAUGAGACAUGUCAUGAUGCCAUGAAAAUCUAUCAGAGUCCACAGAACCCUGCAACAGUGGCUGCUGCUGCUGCAACCAGUGAUAAAACCUCCAAUUUACAAAAAGCUCUAGACAAGCAUACACAUCUCUUGCAAGAUUUGCAACAAAAACCUAAUUUAACCAGUAAUCCAGCUACAUAUGUGGUUUCUGGUGGCGCUGGUGGUGCUGCAGGUAAAACUGCAACAAUAUUGGUUUCAAAAUCGAAAACCAAAACUGGUCUACCUUUGCUAUUAAAAAAUUCCAUUAACAAUUAGGAUAGAGUUUAACCAAAUGUAAACAGCAAUGUGAAAUCUUCUUGAUACGGACAAAAACAAAACAAACUAAACUAAAGAUCACUGAUUUCGAUAUUUUGCCGCUGCCCAGUUUAUCAGACACAUUUUCCUUAGAAUAUCUUUGUGCUAUAGUUAUAUUUACAAUAUAAACAUUGGUAUUGUCUAACAUCGCAAAUGGCGAUGUCUAGCUUUUUAUGUAUACUUUUUAUGUCUCUUAGUGUAUUUAUUGAAAAAUAUUUUUUGUAUUAGAAUUUUGUGCAAUAUGUAUUUUUUUAUAUUGUCUACCAAAAGUAUUCGCAUAUAUACUCGAAAAUUAAUUUUAUUUGUAUAUCAUAUCUACAUAAUCAUCACAUGUUUCUGGGUUCGGUUUUAGAAUCUCAAGUGUCCAAAAGAAAGCUGUUGAGUUUCCUGUACUGUGGAAACUAACAGAGGACAUUUUUCAUUUUAAAACAUGUUAAAACAAAUUCGAAUCCACCCUUAACUGCUUUAUUACGAAUCUCUAAAAAAAUUAUAUUUUUAAAUUAUUUCCUUAAAGCAAGAAUUUUGCUUGAUUUUGUUUAUUUUUAAUUUAAUUUAAAGCAAAAUCAUGUAUGUUAUUGUGUAUUUCAAAAAAUUAAUGCUCGAUUAUAGCAUAAAUAAUUAGCAAAUACUAAUCAAAACGAAAAAAAGAGAAAUUUAACAAAAUUGAUAUUAUUAUUUAUAUUUGAUUUAGAAUUAAAAAAAAAAAUGCUGCAACAACAAAAGAAAAAACUUGGUAUGUGUUUGUUUGAUGGUCCCCCCGAAUUAACACAAUACCAUCGUCAACUAUCAUAAAUAUGCAUCAUUCAAAAGUCAUAUAUUUAAGUGAUUUAUACGAUUAAAAAUAUAAAACACCCUAAUGUAACUUUCAACAUCAUUGUCAUCAUCAUAUUCACAAAUGUAAACGAAAAAGGUAAACCUGGACAAUAGCCAUUCAAGCAGAUCAGUGCUGAAUGGUGUCCAGGUGGCGUUUAGAAGAAGACAAACUAAAUAAUAUUAUUGAGAACAUUACGACGAAUAAAAAAAGUAAUAUUAAUUUAAAUAGAAAAUAAAAUAAAAAAAAAACAAAAUAUUUAUAUAAAAUACAACACAAGAAAGGCGUAAGAAAAACUCUCAUACACACACAACACACCCAUCAAAACAAAUCCAUAAUAACAACAAUAACAACCGUCAUCAACAAUUGUUUGUUUAAAGAAAUAACAGAAAAAAAUAACACAAUGUAGGAACCUUAAACCCAACUACAAUAUUAUAACCCAAACCUAAUAAUAACAACAAUAAAAAAAACCACAACAAAUAUAAUUGCAUAAAAUAUUUAUACUUGUAGUAACCUAAACAAAACACAAAAACUGUUAAGUUUUUAUUUAUACCUAAAUAAAAGGCAAACCAGGCACAAGUGAAACGAAAGAAAGAGAGAACAAACAUGAAACCCCCCCAAAAAACCGUUUUAAAACCACACAAAAUCCCCAAAAAGUUUACGUUUUUCUUUUAAACAAACAAAAAACCAAUUCCAUACAAAAAUGUUUCUUUUUCGAAUCUCUUCUGGUAAAAGGGAAAUGCAAAUCCAAUCCUGUUUAUUAUUUAUUAAGAAAUAGAUUUUAUAAAAUUAUAAAUCCAGUUAAAAUGAUUUUUCAUACAAAACAAAAAAAAAAAAAAGAAAAUAUGAAAAAGGCCGAAAUAAAAUAUUGUGAAACAAAGAUUGGAACGAUUUAUUCAUUCAUUUGAAUGUUGCUUCUCAUGAAUGAAGAAUUUAACUUAUUUAUUAAAUGAUUAUUAUUUGAAAUAAAACUGAAAAAUAAAAACUAAUUAUUAUUCAAUAUUAA